UUACCAAGAAUCGGCAGUUCGUGCCUGUGGAUCACGAAUCCGGAAAUCGUCAUUUUGAAGGAAUUUAUGGACACGAACGAUUCUUCUUCCGUUUAUGAAAUAUCACAAUUUAACAGUAAUUCCUCAGGCUCAAUUCCAUUGGCCGUGACUUUCAGUGCAAUAACAGCGUUUACUGCUUUGGGGAAUCUCUUGGUUAUUUUUGCCGUCUUGUUAGUACAUAAGCUUCGAUGUCCAAGCAAUUUUUUGAUUGUUAGUCUGGCAGCAAGUGACUUGUUGGUCAGCAUCAUGGUAAUGCCCUUCGGGACAUAUUUGGAAUACAGACAAUACUGGGGGCUUGGUGAGGUCGCUUGUGACAUUUACAUUGUCUUUGACGUUCUUCUAUGCACAGCUUCUAUUUUGAACCUUUGUGCUAUCAGCAUCGAUAGGUACCUCUCAGUCACUCGUCCCUUUGAUUAUGUAAACAAAAGAACGCCAAAGCGAAUGCUGGUAAUGAUUGUAAUUGCUUGGGUUACAUCUGCAUUAAUAAGCAUUCCUCCGACUUUUGGAUUCAAGGACAAGUUUGUCCCUGGUAAAUGUGCAUACAGCAAAAAUUUCAUAUACCAGAUAUAUGCAUGCUUUGGCGCGUUUUAUAUACCCCUAUUCGUCAUGUUAACGCUGUAUGGCCGCAUUGUCGUUUUGGCACGACGUAUUGUCAAGUCUGAUCGCAGUCGAUUGACAUCGUCAGCUGGAGAUGAAAGGCAAAAUCCUACUCAAAACCAUGUCCUACCACAGGAAUCAGAUGAGAAUAUUUGUACAAAAAACAGUGGUUCUUCCAUAUCAUUGUACAAGAAAAUUUCCUGUUUUUCCAAGAAACAUAGAGGAUCAGUUACCUCUAUUGAAAAAUCUCCUGGGAAUAAUCUCUAUACGAGUGUCAGUCAGAGCCAUUCUAACAAUGUUGCACCUGUGGUCAAUAUAAUUGAUGCCCAGGACAAACCAGAACAAGGCUCACCAGCACUUCCAGAAGGACGUUAUUCGUCCGCGCCCAUUCAUCAUUUCAGCCGUUUGCCUCCUUUUCAAGCACGCCAACAUAACGUGCCAAUGGAUGAACUAGACAAUGGAUCUGGGCAUUUUUUAUCAGCUGAUAAUUUCCCAGCUUCAUCAUCUCAUCCCCCUCAAAGCCCUCUCACGAGGCAGCACCGUAGAAGUUUGCAUCCUGGGGGCAGCAAUGCUAGAAUUCGUUUACCGUCUCCACGUGAUCGAGCCUCCUCUGUCAGCAUUGCCCAUAUACAGACAAAUGAUGCAAAAUCAAGCCUCCCAUUUUUCUCAAAGCAGCGCUUAAGUAUAGCUCUUCAUCUUAGACGAUCAGCAGUCAGACGCUCGAAUGAAACCAAGGCCAUUCGAACACUUGGUGUAAUCAUGGGUGUUUUCUGCAUUUGCUGGUUGCCCUUUUUCAUUGUUGCAGUAAGUUGA